CCCACUCGCUCCCGACGUGCAGGUGGCCCAAAGUCUCCCGGGAUCAUGGUAGUGCUGAAGGGAAUCCCCGCACUGCUCUCUCCGGAGCUGCUCUUCGCCCUGGCCAAGAUGGGGCACGGAGAUGAGAUUGUUCUUGCAGAUGCCAAUUUUCCUACUUCUUCCAUAUGCCGGUGUGGCCCACUGGAAGUCAGAGCAGAUGGCUUGAGCAUCCCACAGCUCCUGGAGUCCAUCCUGAAGCUGCUCCCCUUGGAUACUUAUGAGCCAAAUUCGGUGGUCGUCAUGGACCUGGUGGAGAGCGACAAGGCCAAAGGCCUCCAGACACCUGAUGUGUGGCAAACCUACAAGAGCCUGUUGUCUCAGGCCGGCUUCAGUGAGGACCUGGGGAAGGUGGAAAGGUUUGCUUUUUAUGAACAGGCAAAAAAGGCAUUUGCUGUGGUUGCAACGGGAGAAACAGCUCUAUAUGGAAACAUCAUCCUCAGGAAAGGUGUGAUUGCACCACAGGAGCAGCGUUAGGAUCUGAGGAUGAAGAAGACCCAAGGACAGCCAUCGGAAGACAAAGCCAUUCCUCGCUUCUAGAAUGAUCGCUGACAGCAAUGCAGACACACAUUGGCUCAUGUGACGAGGAUGUAAAGGGAAGUCGAAUGGAAAUCAGACUUUGGCUCUAAUGUUAGCUGAAUAAAUACAUUUUCUGCUUCUUG